AUGAUCAUCGCCUCGCGGCGUUUGCCGAGAGAGGCAGACCGGACCAUUUUGGAAACAGCAAAGGACUUUCUUCGCGGCCCCCAUACAACGUGCACUCGCACCAAAUGCUUACAGCGAUAUGCAUGGCGCAUUCCUGGCUACCAGCGGUCAGAUGGCCGGCCUGACACCCAAAAGCCGUCUCACAGCCGUAGACUGGCCGCACAGGGCCCUGGUGGUGCUCUCCCCUCAGACCCCGGUGGCUUUAGUGGCUCGGGUGGCGAGUCCCUAACUGUCCGUCAUCUAGCAUGCGGGAGGCGCCAGGAGUGGCGGUCGACGUACCUCUGCUCUUUCUCUUGCGUGGUGCACUGCUGGUGCACACCCAAGCUGACUGGCAACUGA